AUGGCUGCUCAUAAGACCCUUAGAACAAAGCGCAUUCUUUGCAAGGCUAUGAAGGUUAACCGCCCAAUGCCACAAUUCAUCCGCCAGAUGACUGGUGUUCGCCAUAUCCGCAACCCACUUACACGCCACUGGCGCAGAAGGAAGAUGAACAUUUAA